AUGCGUCGCGCCUUAGGAGGGGUCAGAACUCCAGGUCGCUGGGGAGGAGGGAAUUCAGGUAAAGAUGCUGCAGCAGGAGCAGGAGCAGGGGAGAGUUCUCCUGAGCAGCAGCAGCAGCAGCAGCAGCAGGAAGGCAGCGUCCAGAGUUCCGGUUCGGACGGCUCUAACGAGCAGCAGCAGCAGCAGCAGCAGGGUUCAAGCCACAACAGAAGCGUCAGCAGCAGCAUGCAUUCUCCUAAGGGUUCGCGUGUAAGGGCACAUCAUAAACCCCAAGAAGGAGGACCAGGAGAAGGAGAAUAUGACUCUAAGAUGUGGUCCUUGGUGCCCGUAAAGAAGACGAGCGAAUUACGAGAGAAUUCGCCAACAGCCGAUAAGAGCGUCAUGGGGGGAUUAUUCUCUACUAGGAAACCUAAGGAUGCAGGUGCUGGACUUUCUUCUGGUCUAAAGUCUGUUGGUAAGGGAGUAGCAGCAGGUGCUGUCUCUCUUGUUCUUCUUCCUGCUGUAGGAGCAUCACAA